CACGUAUUGCAGGUUGGUGGGCUUAAAAGGGCUUGCAGCAGAGACACACACAUCAUAUCAUUUCUAGCCAGAGACCCAAGAUGACGAACCUCGUCUUUGUCUCGCUUCUCAUGAUCACUAUCUUGGUGUCUACAGCCUCAGCUCAGGGUGGGAUAGCCAGUUGUUGCCGAAAACUUUCAAAGACUAAGGUCCAGCGAGAAAAGCUGGUGAUUUACUACAAACAAAAUCAAUCGGCAUGCCCUAUCAACGCAGUGGUAUUUACCACACGGAACAACAAAAGGAUCUGCUCUGACCCCAAGGAAGUGUGGACAUUGACCAGCAUGGCUUACAUCGACGGAAAGAACUGGCAACUCCAACGUUUAACCUGACACAAACACCGUCACACAAAAGUUAAAAUGCUAUAACUUCCUAUUGCUUUUGUUUGAUUUCCACAGACCUUUUAACAUUUAGAUAUUUUAUUUAAAGUCCUUGCCUCAUUGUAGUCUAUCAUAUUUGCCAUUUUCAUGUAUAACUGUAAUGAUUAAGUGUAUAUGAUGACUGUAGAUAUGUAAAUAAUACUUUGUGUACAUUUAUUCUGAGUGACAGUACUAAUAAAAUAUGGU